AUGAUAAAAAAAGAAAAGAUUAUAAGGGUUAUCAAAAAUAAAAGAUAUGAAUGGAUGGCUUUCUUACUUGCUGCUACUCGUCAAGGAAUUGUUAUAGUUACUGUUUAUGCUACAUUAGGAGAUGAUUCAGUUAAAAUUGCAUUAGAAGAAACUGAUAUUAAAGCAAUUGUUGUAUCAGAAGAUACAGUAAAAAGAUUACCAAAAAUUCAUCUUAAAGAAUCAAUUAAAGUAAUUAAUGUUGAUGGAGAAGAAAAUGAUGAAUUAAGUUUUAAACAUUUAUUACUAUCUGAAGAAUCAACAGAAUAUCCAGAAGUACAUGCAGAUGAUCUUGCAAUUAUUAUGUAUACAUCAGGUACUUCUGCAAGUCCUAAAGGAGUUUUAGUAAAUCAAAAACAAAUAUUAAUGUUAUCAUGUGGAUAUAAAUAUGUAUUAGAAUUUAAUAGAGAACGAUUUAUUGCUUAUUUACCAUUAGCACAUAUAUUUGAAAUUGGAAUUGAAUUUGCAUUGUUAAUGGAUUUUGGUACUAUUGGAUAUGCUGGAAUUAGAACAUUAACUUCUGGAGGAUGUUUUAAUUGUAACUCAGAUUUAGUUGAGUUUAGUCCAGAAGCUAUGAUUGGAGUUCCAACUGUCUUUAAUAGAGUUCGUAAAGGAAUAUUAGAAACUGUUGAAAAACAACCUAAAUUUAAGAAAGUAUUAUUUGGAGCUGGUUAUUGGAUUAAAAGAAAGUGUUAUGUUGAUUAUGAUUUAAGAACACCAUUUCUUUUUAUGCCAUUAGUUAAAUUAGUUGAUGCUAUGAUUUUUAAACCAUUAUGUCGUUCUCUUCUUGGUACUAAUAUAAAAGCAAUUGUUAUUGGUGGUUCUGCUCUUCCUGCUGAGUUACAAUACUUCCUUCAAGCAAUUUUACCUGAUGUUUCUGUUAUGCAAGGAUUUGGUAUGACUGAACUUUGUGGUGCUGCAUGUGCAAUGCCACAUAGAGAUCCAACAACUGCAUCAAUUGGUGUUGUUCUUCCGAUGUAUGAAGUUAAAUUAAGAGAUGUUCCAGAACUUGGACAUAUGACUUCAGAUCAUCCUCCUCAUGGUGAAUUAUUGUUUAGAGGACUUCCUGUAACAAAAGGGUAUUUCAAUAGACCAGAAGAAAAUAAAGAAGCAUUUACCGAAGAUGGAUGGUUCUGUACAGGUGAUAUUGCAAAGAUAACUGAUGAUUUACAUAUUUGUAUUAUUGAUAGAAAGAAAAAUAUUGUUAAACAACCAUGUGGAGAAUAUAUUUCAUUAGAACUGAUUGAAUCAAAAUAUAGUAGUAAUAAGUUAGUUGAAAACAUUUGUGUUUUUGCAGAUUCUUUUCAUGAUUUUGUUGUUGCUUUAAUUGUUCCAAAUAAAGCUGUUAUUGCUGAGUUAAGUGGAAAUAAACCAUUUGAAGAAGCUAUUGAAGACAAAGAAGUAUUAAAUAAAGCAAAAUUAUUAUUAAAAGAAAAUGAAGAAGGACUAACUGAAAGACAAAAAGUUAAACACUUUUCUUUUGUUAAAGAAGAAUGGACUGCAGAAAAUGAAUUAUUGACUGCUGCAUUAAAAUUAAAACGUCCUGCUAUUUCAAAGAAAUAUCUAACUACCAUUCAAACUAUGUUUUCUUUGAAUUGA